AGAAAUCCUUUCAGUUCAGUUUAAUUCCAUAAUUACUCAAGGGCAAUAUACGAAGCGCCAGGCAGGCACCUGGUUAAGGCUGGGGGCGGAGGAAGAGGGGCAGAGACCGCCACGGUGAGAGGCGCGGGGCGCGCUGGAGCACCUGGAGGGGGCAGCCCGCCCAGUCAGGGAGAGCAGGGGCGGGGACGGCUCCAGGGGCGACACAGGGCGCGCAGGUCUCAAAGAGGUGGCUGACCCUGUACCCUGAGGACCAACCACGGACCCUAAGGCACCUGCGGGGGGAAAGCAGGUCAGAAAUCCCGACCCGGUCUGGCUUCCUGCCCGGGCGGCCCGCGGCCCCGGGCUCUGGACGCGGGCCAGGGAGGCGGCGCCGGCGGGUCGGAGGCGCUUCCCGGGCGCAGCGGGCGCGGAGGAGCGCGCGGGACGGCGGCGCGGGGACCGCGCACCUGGAGGGCCCGCAGGCCUCGCGUGCAGGCGGCGACAUGGAGGACGGCGUGCUCAAGGAGGGCUUCCUCGUCAAGAGGGGUCACAUUGUCCACAACUGGAAGGCGCGAUGGUUCAUCCUCCGGCAGAACACGCUGCUGUACUACAAGCUGGAGGGGGGUCGGAAAGUGACCCCUCCCAAGGGUCGGAUCCUUCUGGAUGGCUGUACCAUCACCUGCCCCUGCCUGGAGUAUGAAAACCGUCCACUCCUCAUUAAGCUGAAGACUCGAACAUCCACAGAGUACUUCCUGGAGGCCUGUUCUCGAGAGGAAAGGGAUGCCUGGGCCUUUGAGAUAACAGGGGCUAUUCACGCUGGGCAGCCAGGGAAGGUCCAGCAACUCCACAUAUUGAAAAACUCCUUCAAGCUGCCCCCUCACAUCAGCCUGCAUCGUAUCAUAGACAAGAUGCGCGACAGCAGCAGCGGAAUCCGGUCAAGCCCCAACAUGGAGCAGGGAAGCACCUACAAAAAGAGCUUCAUAGGCUCCUCCCUGGUGGACUGGCUCAUCUCCAACAGCUUUGCUGCCAACCGUCUGGAGGCCGUGACCCUGGCCUCCAUGCUCAUGGAGGAGAACUUCCUUAGGCCGGUAGGCACCCGAAGCGUGGGAGCCAUUCGCUCUGGGGAUCUGGCCGAGCAGUUCCUGGAUGACUCCACGGCCCUGUACACUUUUGCUGAGAGCUACAAGAAGGAGAUAAGCCCCAAGGAAGAAAUCAGUCUCAGCACCAUGGAGCUUAGUGGCACAGUGGUAAAACAAGGCUAUCUGGCCAAGCAGGGGCACAAGAGGAAAAACUGGAAGGUGCGGCGCUUUGUUCUGAGGAAGGACCCGGCUUUCCUGCAUUACUACGACCCUUCCAAAGAAGAGAACCGGCCAGUGGGUGGGUUUUCUCUCCGUGGUUCACUGGUGUCUGCUCUGGAGGAUAAUGGCAUUCCCGCUGGAGUUAAAGGGAAUGUCCAGGGAAAUCUCUUCAAAGUGAUUACUAAGGAUGACAUACACUAUUACAUCCAGGCCAGCAGCAAGACUGAGCGAGCUGAGUGGAUUGAAGCUAUCAAAAAGCUAACGUGACCAAGACCUGAGGAAACGGGACCAGGAUUCCUCCCUCUUACAGGAUACAGACAGGAUCUCCUGGAGAAUGGGAAUGUGUUAAGACUUUUAACUUCUUUGUAUAUUUUGUACUGCUUUGGAGUGAGACUUGUGAAGAGUUCCUUAGAUUAUAAUCAGCAGUGGUGCUAUUUCCUUCCCCUGGAAAUGCUAGAACAGCCAUUAGGCGUCAGCAUCUUGACUUUGGCCCAACAUCACAGCCAGCCCUUCCUUGGGCACGGAAGUAGUUUCCCUUGUUGUAACAUUAACUGGACAUGUGGUAACAAAAUAAAACGCUAGUCUCGUGGCAGCUCUCUCUGAAAUGCUGUCAACAAUUAACUCCUUCUUUGGAAUUAAUAAAAAUUGACAUGUUUCUAUUAGAA